AUGAUUGAACUGCAGGGUGAUGCUGGUAUGAAAGGGAACUUUGCAACUCGAGUUGCUGGUUCUGCUGAUUUAUACAAAGUAAAUAAGCGCAAGCCAUACCAUAGUGUGAAUUUUGUCAUUGCACAUGAUGGGUUUACGCUGUAUGAUCUUGUUUCAUAUAAUGUAAAGCAUAAUGAUGCUAAUGGAGAAGGUGGAAAUGAUGGAAGCAGCGACAAUUUUAGUUGGAACUGUGGAUCCGAAGGGGAAACUGCUGAUACCAAUGUCAAGGCGCUACGUUCCCGUCAAAUGAAAAACUUCCAUGUGGCAUUAAUGAUAUCCCAGGGAACACCAAUGAUGCUUAUGGGGGAUGAGUAUGGCCACACUCGCUAUGGAAAUAACAACAGUUAUGGACAUGAUACUGCUAUUAACCAUUUCCAGUGGGGACAGUUGGAUGCGAAGGAGAAGAAUCACUUCAGGUUUUUUGCGGAGAUGAUAAAAUUUCGUCAAACACAUCAUGUCUUCGGAAGGGAGCAUUUUAUAUGCAAGAACGAGGUGACAUGGCACGAGGAUAACUGGGACAAUUGUGAUAGCAAAUUCCUUGCAUUUACUCUUCAUGAUGACGAUGGAAGAGACAUCUACUUGGCAUUCAAUGCGCAUGACUACUCUGUUAAAGCUGUGAUACCCUCACCCCCAGAAAAAAGACGUUGGUUCCGAGUGGUGGACACUAAUCUCGAGAGUCCUGAUGAUUUUGUCACUGAAGGUGUUCCUGGCCUUGGCAAAACAUACAAUGUUGCUGCCUACUCUUCGAUUCUUCUUGAAGCAAAGCUAUAA